CCCCCCCCCCCCGCACAGGUCCCAGCGCCCUGAGUCGCCGGGUGGCCAGGCGGCGGUGCCCGGCCGAGGGGCCGCAUGGAGCCGCGGGCCGCGGACAGAUGCUUCCUGGGUGACGUGGGUUUCUGGGUGGAGCGCACUCCCGUGCACGAGGCUGCCCAGCGAGGUGAGAGCUUGCAGCUGCAGCAGCUGAUCGAGAGUGGAGCCUGUGUUAACCAGGUCACCGUGGACUCCAUCACACCAUUGCAUGCGGCUAGUCUGCAGGGCCAGGCACAGUGUGUACAACUGCUUCUGGCAGCUGGAGCCCAGGUGGAUGCCCGCAACAUUGAUGGCAGCACCCCUCUCUGUGACGCCUGUGCCUCAGGCAGCAUCGAGUGUGUGAAACUCUUGCUUUCCUAUGGGGCGAAGGUCAAUCCCCCACUGUACACAGCAUCCCCACUUCAUGAGGCCUGCAUGAGUGGGAGUUCUGAAUGUGUGAGGCUUCUUAUAGAUGUUGGGGCCAAUCUGGAAGCCCAUGAUUGCCACUUUGGGACCCCUCUGCAUGUUGCCUGUGCACGAGAACAUCUGGACUGUGUCAAAGUGUUGCUCAAUGCAGGGGCCAAUGUGAAUGCAGCAAAACUUCAUGAGACAGCACUUCAUCAUGCAGCCAAGGUUAAGAACGUCGACCUCAUUGAGAUGCUCAUUGAGUUUGGAGGCAACAUCUAUGCCCGGGACAACCGGGGGAAGAAGCCAUCAGAUUACACAUGGAGCAGCAGUGCCCCUGCCAAGUGCUUCGAGCACUAUGAAAAGACACCUCUGACUUUGUCACAGCUCUGCAGGGUAAGCCUGAGGAAGGCCACUGGUGUUCGAGGGCUGGAGAAAAUUGCCAAGUUAAACAUCCCUCCUCGGCUCAUCGAUUACCUUUCCUACAACUGAGCUGCAGGAAGGGAGCCCAGUUCUCUGGCGACUAACCUGGCUGCUACCCUUGUUGUGCCCAGCCUUGGCUGCAGUGGAUUCUGACUGUCUGAAAUGCUGGUGUUACUAUAAAUAGAACAAUGCUCCGUUAAUUCCCUUUUGGUUGUCCCCUUUGUUUUUUUCUCCUGAAUUAUGGAUAAGAUCUCCAAAGCCUCAGUGAGGCCAGUGUUUCAGGUCACAACCAUGAGUGUGACCCUGUGCUGGUCCUCCAGAAAAGAUGUUUUCACUCUGGGAUGGGCCCCCUGUCCAGUUUUCCUUUUUUCACUGACCUCCCUCAAAAGUACUCUCAGGACAGAUGACUCAAAGACCAUAGGGGAGGCCACAUGGGGCUGGGGACUUAGGGCACUGCUGUCGAUUUUCAUGUCUGGGUAUUAUGGCACAGAAGCACCAGGUCCCAGGCACCUCACCCUGUAGCCUGGGGUAUUCACUCAUCUGACAUUAUCUUGCCACUUGGACACUAUUUCUGGGGCAGCAUUUGACACUUUCCAAGGUCUACCUGUUCCCAGGUAUAUCUAUCACUCAGGGGUCUUAGUGGGGGAAGAUUCAGGCUUUGUGUCCCCACAAAUAAGUGUUUCUUAAGAAGUGUGUCUUCCAUGGUAGGUCUCGACUCUUGAAAUGCCAAUGUAAGAUGAAGAACCUUUAGAAGAUGUAUAGGCUGGAACACUAAGGGUUUGUUAAUAAGCCAUGCAAACAAUAGGUAAUAUGAAGGUUGCUUGCGUAUUUCCAAUGUCAAGGGCUGUUAGAGGACUGUUUAGAGAUUGUUUUUCUCUGUUUCUGUAGUUGCCAAAUGAAUUCUUCCCACAACCUUUUUUGAUGACUCCUCUAAGCUUAAAACUAGUUGGAGGUUUUGGCAGCACCUGACAGGCACUAGCACCUGUGUGUUCACUCCUCUUUCAGGUGCUUAUGGAACCUCUAGUAUGCAUGGCAUUGAUCUGGGGCUUUGAGCUGAUAAGAAUGAGACUUAUCAGCCAAGGCAAGAAAAGAAAGCGUUUUGCAGUCUUUCCUGAUAGUAAUAGAAACAAAUCCUUCUAUGUUAUAAGCCAGGAGCUGAAAUAUUAGUGUAUUCAGAUGACAUUUAUCUAACAUCUGUAUUUUAAUUUUUUAAAAAUCCACAUAUAGCAGGGAGAACCAGAGGAUUUUGCAUAUUAUUUCGGGUAUAUUUGGUUUCUGGAGAAAUGGAGAAGGCAGCAUUUGUGAACACUCAUGUAAGUCAUCCCUGUCCUGAAGCCAAUGUGCCCAUAAAUGGGGAUAGGUUCAUCCCAGAUCCUGCCAGGACUGCCUGAGCCUCUCAUCCAAAAGUGUGGAACACAGUGAGACUGAGCACGCCAAGGUGAUGCUGACUGUGCCACCUGAUGUGUGCAUCUCCCUGCAUGGUUACUUGUGGGGCCACAGGUCUGGUGAAGAAUUUCAUGGUAGUUGUAUUGGACAUUUGGAUCUCCAACGUUUUAGCUGUUGUUGGGAUGGAUAGGGAUUCCUAUUACAUUGAAAAGAGCCACUUUCCUUAGGUUACAAUCUUUGACACAAGUUCUGAUAUAUCCAAUGUUUCUCCAUGUAAUGAUAACAAUAAUAAUUUAAAAUAAUUUGAUUCUGCUCCCUUCAUCUUUGCAACAGAAACUGGCCUCUAGCAAUGAAAUCUGAUAACAUUGCCAUACUAUUGAAUCAGAUCCCUAUACUCUUUUGGGUUUCUUUUUGGUACCGGGGAUCGAAUUCAGGUCCUUGCACUUGCAAGGCAGGUGGCGGAACCACUGAGCUAAAUCCCCUGCCCAGAUCCCUAUACUCUCAAUAAUCAAUAAAAGUGGUUAAAUAAAGUUCA